GGGAUUCAUACAAACACGUGAAGCAAAAUUUGAAGUAAUAAUUACACCUGGGGUAUAAACAUGGGACAAAAUUAACUAAAAAACAAACAGCACCAGCACUACAAUAAAAAUAUUUGUUAUGGGAGGAACAGUUAGGCAUAAGUAAAUGUUUCUGUACGGACGCAUUUCCAAGCAGUGCACAUAAGGGCGAAAAGCCCAAAAUUUUGUUUUGUGAUCAUGCCUGGGCUUUCAGAAACGGAGCGUGUUGGCUUUAAAAAGAUAUUGAGCUCGAUGACAGAUGUCGACUUAAGAUCACUUAGUGACACGGUUACAAAUAAGAUGAUUGUCGUGGAAAACAUGACAGAGGCCAUGGAAACAAUUCUGAGUUUCUCCAAAAGUGCAGAGGAGCUUCUCAGAAGGAGAAAGGUUCACCGUGACCUCAUAUUUAAAUACCUCGUCAAAGAAGGGGUGACAAUGCCGCCAACCAGCGAGAAACACCAGCUGGUGAAGAGGACGCUGGAGCUGUGGUCGUCAGUAACGGUGGAUGAAGCCAAGCAGCAACAGCCCACAACAUCUGAUUCCAAUGACAUACAAACCAAGGUUGGCUUUGAUCCACUGAUCCUGGGACAGCAGUUCUGCCAGUGGUUCUUCCAGAUCCUGAACAGUCAGAAUCCAUCACUGGGCCAACAGCCUCAAGACUGGGGGCCACAGCAUUUCUGGCCAGAUGUGAAACUUCGGCUUCUUUCCAGAGCUACGACUGAGCAGAUGGAGGAGUUCCAAGGGGCUGAAGUGGUCAGCCUUCGUCUCUUGGCCCUGACCAGUGGAGAGCGCCUUGUCUUCAGUCCCAACCUGGACCCUCACGGCCUCAGGGCAGUGGCCUCCCCCCAUGGCUUGGUUCUGGUGGGUGUGGCUGGGACCAUCCACAGAGACCAGUUCUGCCUUGGCAUUUUCGAGCAGAUAUUCGGCCUCAUCCGCUCACCCCUGAAUGAAAACAGCUGGAAGAUAAAGUUCAUCAACCUAAAGAUCAGAGGACAGGACGGCAUUGAAGGGACAGAGGUAGCAGCUCCUGCUUUAAACUACAACUCCAGUGAACUGCAGCUUCUUUGCAGCUGAUGGCAGUCAUCAUAACACUGGAUAUCUUUUACACUAUUUUACCCAGGGAUGUUUUACUUGAUUAGGCAUGCAUAAAUUAAUACACAAUUAUCUGAGUUGUCUGAACAGAUCCUGAUACUGAUUCUGAAUUGGGGUUUGGGGGAGAGAAACGUUUUGCUUAGUUAAUGCAAAUUGAGGCAUGGCACAUUUUUACAUUUCCUUUAGAGUUCUUCUUUGCUUUUACAAAUGCAGCAAUUCUAUUGCUCUCCGGCUCGAAGCUUUUACUGAGUAAAUGUUGCUGCAAAGUUGUUUUCUGACAGCUUGUGCCUUAUUUAACAUAUUCUGUGGAUGCACUCCUGAAUAUACCUUUGUAAAUAUGUAAUAUAUAAGAGAGAGUUGUGUACAUUUAUACUGUAAUUAGAAGUAAGUCCUACAAAUUGGAUUAUUUUUUUGUCUCAAUGACAUUGCAAUCCCAGGCAAAACUGAUUAUAAUGUAAUAAAACUUUUUGUUGCUUUCUUUUGAUGAAUAAGGUUAUACAAUGCUUAUUGAUCUUGUGUUGRGUAUACAUAUAAACAGAAAUAMAUUAAGURGACUAACGCAAAGGACURUGAUAGGUAAGCCAGAUAUGUAGGCAAGUUUUAAAAUAUAUUCAACAAAUAUUUCUCUGUAAAGCAUCUUUGAGGAAUCACAUUCUUUACCAAACUGUUAUUUUAAGAUUUUUAUUUUAUUUUAUUUUAUUGCUGUAAUAGGUAGAAGUCUUAUUGUUGAGGUACAUUUCAGAGCAACCAUUUGCAGUAGAUGGCCAAUAAAAUUCAGAAUAGAAACYUG